AUGGCGGCGUACAGGGAACAACUUCGUGACACACCGAACGAUAUUCCGCCAAAUAGUCGGUUAUUUGUGAUCGCCGGGAGAGGAAUCAAGGAGGAUGAGUACCGAGAAUGUUUUUCCAAAUAUGGCCAGGUGGAAGACAUUUGGAUUGUGAAAGAUCGACGCACAAAUGAAGAAAAAGGUAUAACCUAUGUGAAGUUUUCAAGGGCAUCAGAAGCAGCCCUAGCUAUGGAGGAAGUCAAUGGCCGAACCAUAGGCAGCCAUCCCAAACCUGUCAAGGUAAUUAUUGCAAGUAACAGGAAAGAUGGGAAUGUGAGGGACCCGCGGGAAGAAGAGAAGCUUGUCAGGCUCUUUGUUGUUUGCCCCAAAAAGUUUUCAGAGGACGACUUGAAACAAGAGUUCAAACAAUAUGGCGACAUUGAAUAUACCCAGGUGGUAAGGGACAGAAGCUCUGGUGAGAACAAAGGAUUCGGCUACGUCAAGUUCCAUCGUCCUUACCACGCUGCUGUGGCUUUAGAAAGCUGUGACCCCUCAUUUAAGCCCAAGUUUGCAGAACCAAAGACGCGUAAAUCCGACCGUGAGCGGGAAGAGAGGGAUGAUUACGACUUCAGAUAUGAUAGGCACGAAAGAGACUCACGAUCAGGGUUUGGAGGCAUGCAGUCAUCUAAGAGGAUGUUCCCGGACACAUCAGUGUAUGAUGAUUACCCCAUGAUGGAUGAUAGACGCGCGCCACAGUACGGCUUGGGCCACAUGCCCAUGGUGGCUCACCAGAUGCCCGCCCCAGUGCAGAGUGGAGGAAUGGGCCCAGCAGAGAUGCUACAGCAGUAUCCUAACUCCGGUUGUCAGAGAUUACACAUCACUGCUCCGCUGGGCAUGACCCAGAGCUACCUGAGCAGGUUGUUCAACCUCAUCCCCGGCCUGGAGUACUGCGAUCUUAAUGAGCAAACAGGUGUUGCUUAUGCGCGGUACCAGACCUCACAGUGCGCUGCAUACGCCCACGAUAAACUGGAUGGUUUUGAGUAUCCUAUUGGCAGCCGUCUGAUCGUCAGAUACGCAGAUUCGCAGCCUCCACCCGAUCUAGCCUCUUCAUCCAUGUCAGGGUAUGGCUCUAUGGGGGGACAGUCCACAUCACCUAUGUCUGCUGGGGGUGGGACUCUCCAAAGGGCUGCCUCGUUACUGGAAAGGGCUGGCAUUGACCCCGGGGAGGUGCUCGCCUGUGGGGUUGAGCGUGUGCGUUACUGUAACUUGGUCCUGCCUAUUCCCCAGCCUCUGAGGUCAGAGGGCACAGAGUGUAAGGUCAGGCUGUUUGUGGUCUGUCAACCGCUGCCCAUCCCCGAGAAGAUCCUGAGAGAUGCCUUCUGCCGCUUCGGGGACCUCAUUGAUGUCUUCCUUCUGUCAGGUCGAAAUUACGGCUACGCAAAAUAUGCAGAUAAGUCUGCAGCUGAAAAAGCCAUGUCUACUCUCCAUGGCCAAACUCUGGCGGGAAACCGACUGAAAGUGUUGGAGGCGGACCCACCGAAGGAAGAUCACCGUAGAGAUGAUAACCAUAGAGAUGAACAUCACCGCGAAGAACAGACACCCAACAAGAAACAGCGAACUUGAGCAGUGCUGGGACUUGAGCUAACAGAAGACUUCCACGACAAAGAUACAAUGAACAUUCAGUGGACUGUUAGCAGAACCUUUGUUACUGGACUUUCACACAGAGGACAGUCUCUCUACUUCCUUUUAAUCUUUUUUUUUGUCUAAUGCUUCUGUGGAUGUGUGUCAUCUGCAGAAGAUUUUUGUUGUGGACUGUUUUUUUUUCCAGUUUAUGGGAACAUUUCUGUGACUAUUUAAAUGUAUUAAAGGAAAGGUAGAAAUAAUGGAAAAAACCGUAGCUGUAAUAAAACGUAAGAUGAUCAUUUUAAAAAUAUUAUUUUGUAGUGAUUUUGACUGACAAAUGGAAACAGAUCAGUAAUGUGUUUUAAAAAAGUUUUCUAACUAAUAUUUUUUUUUAUAUAUAUAUUUUAUUUUGCUUUACUGAUAUCUGCAUUGUAAAAACUGCUUUUAGCUAUUUCUGCUUUUUGACUCUUCCCCCAAAACGAGGACCAAAAUACAGUACAUGUAACAAGACACUUUAGAUGCUGCCAGCAGACUUGCCAAGUUGUUUCGGACCUAUUAUGUGUUUGAACUACUGUAUGGCUUGACCAAACAUAAGACACCUCAACUUUGAAACUGAGACUUCAACAUGAACACAUGGGAAGAAAAUGAACAGGUCUCAAUCUGACCCUCCAAGCAAAAGUGUUUAAAUAUGUAAUAUUUGUGUAUGAGUUGUUUUUGUUCGCAAGAAGCUAUUCUUUUCUUCUUUUUUUAUAACCAUCAUUUUAUUGCUGAAAAUCAAAAUAUCGUAGUUUUAAUACAUAGUUAUGUGGUAUGCAGAUUUUCACUUUGUAAAUAUUUUCUCAUGCUUGGUGCAUUUAGCAUUUCGUGCUUUCUGAUGUGAGAGAGAAGGUACUAUCAUGUAGCUCAAGUUAAAAUUUGAUCUAACGACAGUUUUGAAUACACCAUGUCAUAUGUAUUAUAUGUUGUAUUUCGAUCAAUACUAAGAAAAUCAGUGUCAUGUAAUUUCAUAGGAAAUCAGACAUCUCUUUAUAAUAAGCAACCAUUUUUGUUUUUGUCUGCAACUUUAUCAAUAAACCAGCAAAUUUGUGAGAGAAAAAAAACUGCACAGCUUUACACAUUUUACUCUUGGAAGAAAUCCUCUCAAUCUGUUGGAAUCGAUUAGGCACACAUCUGUGCUUAAAACACUAUAGAUUAUGAUAAAGCUGGUGUUUUCUAAUCAUUCAUGUCAUUAUGCAUGAAGGAUAUACCGACAUCUGAUAGCAUUGAACUUGUUAUGAGAAAUCUUUCAUAGCAGUUCUUGUCAUAGCAGUUCCAGUUUUAUGUUACCUUAAAAGAAGUGGUGUUGCUCCUGAUAAAAAAGUUUCAUGAAUAUUCGUGUCAUGGUACAUGAGGUUAUGCCAUACAGGAGCAAUGAAGACUUAAUAAUCUUGAUCCAUAUACAUGUAGAUGCAUGAGGAGUAUGUUUGAAUAUAGCCUGUGCAAAUGAACAGUUUAGUGCAAGACAAUUAUACAACUCUAUGGAAUAAUGUCUUGUGUGUGGAAUUCCGAUUAUAUUUUCAAUUUUGUGACACUAGCAAGGCUUUAUUAUAGUCAACAAAAUGUUGAAAGUUUUCACAGAAUGACUCUUUGGUGAAUCAUAAACUACCUGACAUUUCAAAAUGAUCUACUGGACAGACUGAUGAACUCAUUGGUGUAAGUCUGACAGUCACAAAAUGCAGAUCAUAGACAGGAGUAUGAGACAAAAGGGGUGAGUAAUGAGCCUGUAAUGGACAUUAACCAUUUUUGUGACAAAGGAAUACUGACGUGGUGGACUUGCAGUCAUUAACUGUAAUGCUUGAUAUGUAAAAGGUAUGCUGGUCUGAUCAAUGAAGACUCUGUGAACAAUGGAAAUACAUCAUACAUUGUGUAAAAGAUGGACACAUGGCCAGGGUUGAUCAAAAGUAUAUCAAAUGAUACAGGUAUCAAGUCGGAUUAUAUAUUUACAAUUUCAACAAUUCCCAGCAACCAAUGCCAAAUGGAACAGCAUCAGAUUUAGUUAAUAAUGGAACAUACUGUUGUACACUUACUCUGAGCCAAAUACAAAAGUGUAGACUUCACUAGACUCAGCUAUUUAUACGUCUUAAAGGAUACAUAAAAAAAACUUUGGUUUUAUUUCUUAAUAUGCAGAUUAUCAUGAAUAAUAACAUGUAACAGUACAAACAAAUUUUUCAACUUUCACUUUGGGGGGUAAAAAAGGUUUUAAAGUACAGUUUUCUGAAGGCCCCAAUGUACUCAGUCCCGAGAUUAAGUAGCUUGCAGGGUUGAUGUCAAUGGUGAUCCCUGUUUAAAAAGGGGGACAGACCAAACGGGACAAGCCAAACAUGGGCAAAGGUGUGGGGAACAGACUGA